AUGUUGACUCAGCCAUCUGAUGAGCUGGAGCGUCUCCGCAAGGAGCUGGCGCGGGAAGAGAAUGACCUAGCUGCGCUGGAGGACAACGUUGAGUCCCAGUCUGCUCAGCUUGGAUACCUGCACACAGAAUACACGAUCAACAAGACGCGUAUCUACCACCACUACGAGCCGACCCUCGCACCCCUGCGAGUGGUCACUUACGCGGCAGCUCAGAGGCAGUCGCUCAUCGAACUUCAGAUCGAAUGGCUGGAGCGCAAGGUCGUGGAGCAGGAGCGCCGUUCCCAAGGUGGACAGUAUAUUGAAAUCCGCGACAUGAAGCCGGCAGCGGAGGAAUACCUGAGGAAGGCGCACCAGUCGCUUCUGCGCUGCUACGAGCACAUUUCCGAGUGCCCAGAAGAGCCUCUACACAUCAUCAGCCAGUACGCGUGCCCACCGGAGGAGGCGAUUGCAACGAUGGAGCUGGUGAUGAAGGUGCGCGGCGAAGCCUCCGAUAGCUGUACGUGGAAGGCCUCACAGGUGCUUCUCAGUUACACUUAUUUUCACGAAUUCUUCGCUAUGCGCAGUGAGAGUUUGUUGAAGAGGUGCGACCUCCUCCCCAACGAGCUCAUGAGCGAGUUAGAGCGCUUCUGCGCCGAUCCUCACCACAGCGUGUGCUCACUAUAUCGCAUCAGCACCCCGAUCGGGUGCAUGGGAGAGUGGCUGCACGCCAUUCGGAAUUACUACCGAGUGAAGCUGGUGACAGCACCAGUGUUGUUGUCACGAAACGCUGACACACGUCGCAUUACGGAGCAGGCGCAGGCGUGGCUGAGUAUGAUUACGCUCAGUGAAGAGGAAGGCGAUCAAAGGCAGCGGCAGCGAGAGCAGCAGACGACUGUCGCCAAAGAUGCGAGCACAGACAACGCUGAGCUCGGCGCCCUCGUUUCAGCGGGCGAAGCUGGAAGAGAAAGCCUUCUACUCCCUACCAAAUCGGCCUCAGUAACGGCCGACACGGUGCAGAAGCUGCGCCACCAACUCCACAAACUCCGCGAGAGCGUACGCGCGGCUGAGGCGGAGCGCACCGCCAUAGAGGGCCUGCUGCAAGAAAAGCUCGCGGAAGUUCGAGGCAACUACGAUGAGACGAUGGUGCCGCUGGAGGAUCAGCUCGAAGAGAUGACCGAAUGCUUUGGGCAGCGCCUUACGCGAAAAGGGGACGUUGCCGCCGCUUCUCCGCUCUCCGCCGCCACGGCAGCGAACACCACAGACAAUGCGGCUGUUGCCGUAGCUGCAACCCUCUAG